CUAUCGUUGCGAAUUUUUUAUCUCCACCGUCUGGUGAAGGGGCAGGGCAAAUAAUCAUAAAAAACUCACUUGUAAAUGAACUUAUCGGCUAUCGCAGCGACACAAUUAGAUUAGCCGGUGCGUCGCCCCAAAAUCCGGAAAAAGUUCCAAUCCCUCGCCAGAAAACACAAGGAAUACAAUGACGGAAUACGUGCCGGUGCGCGGCUACCAGGAGCUGCAGAACUUCCUUAAGGCUUACGAGAACAAGCAGGGUCCCAUCUAUUUGUAUUUCUACGGCGAGAAGGACAGCAAGGGCAAAAGCUGGUGUCCGGACUGUGUGGACGCUGAGGAAACCAUUAUGACGGCAUUCCGGAAUCACGCUCGGCGGGCUAUUGUCCUAGUGAUAGACGUGGGCAAUCGGGAUGCCUGGAUGGAUUGCUCCGACAAAAAUGGUUUCCGGAAACCGCCGCUCUCCCUCAGCUCAAUACCCAGUCUUUUGCACUGGAAGGGGGUCGAGCGGCUGGAGGGCGAUCAGCUGCUCAAAAGCAGUCUCCUGGAGCUGUUCUUCGAGGAGACGUCCCUUAAGAGUGGACCGCCAUCGAGUGCUCGUAAUAUUAACAAAUGAAUUUCCUAUUUCGAUGCAAUUUGCAAUGUAUGCGUAUGGGUGUGUGAGCUGCCCCUGCUAACAUAGCAACUUACAUUCCAAUUUGCGUUAAAAUUCAAAUUUGCUCGCUGCUUGUGUGAAUACAAUCCCUCUCAAAUCACACCAAUAAAAAUUGUAAGUGGGCUACCAAAUCCGAUAUGGUUUCCCUUUUAAA